AUGGAGGAGGUGGCCAGGAGACACUUCUUUCACCAUGGCCAAGACAAAUACGCUCACGAGCGUGACGACUGCCACUGGUGCCAGCUGCGUCACUUUCCAACUGACCGCAAGGCCCCCGUCACGGUUAUGAAUGAUGUCGACGACCAGGCCCUCCCGCGCGGCUUCCGCUUCAUCAACAGCGGUGUCCUUGGUGACGGCGUCAGGCCCGCUGAUGAGAGUUUUCGCAGCGGCUGCGCCUGCGUGGAUUCGACCAGCUGUCAGUUUGCGGGCUGCCAAUGCCUUGCUGAGCUCGACGAGGAUAACGAUAGCGACGACUGCAGCGAUGGCGACGAGGGAGGCGGCCAUGUUCCGAGGAAAGCGUACGCCUACCACAUGCACGGCGCCAAGGCUGGCCUCCUCAGGUCCAAACUACACAACUCAAAGGUUCCGCUGUACGAGUGCCACCAAGGCUGCUCUUGUGCGCCUGACUGUCCCAACCGGGUAGUCGAGCGUGGCCGCACCGUCCCGCUGCAGAUUUUCCGGACCGAUGACCGUGGAUGGGGUGUACGGACACAGGAGGCCCUUAAGAAGGGACAGUUUGUGGACCGCUACUUCGGUGAGAUCAUCACGUCUGCCGAGGCUGACCGCCGGCGCGACGCGGCCGCCGUAUCUCAGCGCAAGGAUGUGUACCUUUUCGCGCUCGACAAGUUUACCGAUCCCGACUCACUCGAUCCGCGGCUCCGAGGGCCGCCUCUGGAGGUAGAUGGCGAAUUCAUGUCGGGUCCGACACGCUUCAUCAACCAUUCGUGCGACCCCAACCUGCGGAUUUUUGCCCGCGUCGGCGACCAUGCCGACAAGCACCUGCAUGACCUCGCGCUCUUUGCCAUCCGGGACAUUCAGCGGGGCGAAGAGUUGACGUUUGACUACGUCGAUGGGGUGUCCCAGGACCCUGACGAUGAACAGGAUGGAAUGACGCGAUGCCUGUGUGGGAGCUCCAAAUGCAGGGGCUAUCUAUGGUGA